CAUAAUGUUCUGUGCCAGGGGGAGAAGCGGACUGGGUUGUUACAGCUGAUGAGUUCGACCGACUGAGCUGCUGCAGAAAAAGGCAAACUGCUUCAAAAUGAGUUUCAACACAGUGACGAUGGUGACAGCUCUCCUUGCUUUCCCUUUGACUCCUUCCUUAGCCACACAAGUGGGCCUGAGUGAGAAAGUCCUGGUCUUCCCCUAUGAGACGGACUUCAGCUUCGUGGCCCUGAUUCCCCAGAAGGAGAUGAGUCUCAGAGCCUUCACGCUCUGUAUGCGUGUUGCCACAGAACUGCCGGAGGAGCGGCAGAUCAUCCUGUUUGCCUAUCGCACAGUCGACUACGAUGAACUCAACGUGUGGCGUGAAAAAGAUGGCCGUGUCUCUUUCUACCUGAGCGGCGACGGCGUCUUCUUUCACCUGCCACCGCUCGGCACCUUCCGCACCAGCCUCUGCCUCACCUGGGAGUCUCGCACAGGUCUUGCUGCAUUCUGGUUGGAAGGGAAGCGCAGCACAUACCAGGUGUACAAACCAGGUCACAGCAUUCGUCCGAAGGGUACCGUCCUGCUGGGCCAGGACCCGGACAGACACCUGGGAGGACUGGAGGCCAUCCAAAGCUUUGUUGGGGAGAUGACUGACGUGAACAUGUGGGACUCUGUUCUUUCUAGAAGCAUGAUCCAGGCCUGGCACUACGGGCAUAAAGUUCCCAAGGGAAACAUUUUCGACUGGGCCACCAUUGAGUAUGAGCUGAGCGGGAACGUGUUGGUGGUGGAUGAUGACUGACUCGAUGAGGUGGUUCCAUCAGACAGAGGGCAAACUGUAGAAGUGAGUUCUGGACUGGUAGCUCUUGUCUUUCUUAGCCUUACAGCUUGCCAGACUCUGUUUUUGUGAUGCUUCUUUUCUUGUGUUUGUCUUCCAUCAUCUUGACUCAAUGCCCUCAUACUUUGCUACAGCACAAUACCCCAAUACAAGAUCCACAAAUACUACUACCAGAGACCCACUAAUACAUUCUCAAAAUGGAUUUGGUAAUUUUGAGAACAAACAACACAAUAUAAAAGAUUUGUAAACUUUAAUCGAACUUUCUGCUCAUUGAUUCCCAAUUAAAGUUCUUAAAGGAGAAUUCCGGUUUUUAACACUUUUAGCCCAUUUUCUGUAGUGUCCAGGAUGAAAUCGAAUG